AUGACAAUUGAAUCAUUUAAUGAAGCUCCUUUAUCAUUUUUUGCAUGCGUGUAUUCUACAAGUGGUGAUUUAAAGUUCUCUUAUACACUUGCUUACAAAUUAUGUUCAAUAAAUAGUCAAUUCUUCGAAUAUUUGAUGUCACUACCAUCAUCUGAAGCAAAUCAAAGGUUUGUUGCAAAUUUGUACUCAGAAAAUCUCAAUUUUGAUCAAGAAAUUUUAAAAGAUUACAUAAUUUCAGCUUUAAAUGCUGCUGAGGAGCCAAUUGAGAUUUCAACAUCAAUAUAUUUACUAAUUAAAUGUAUAGACUGCUUUUCUGAUUCAGAAUUAUCUGAAAUUUCCAAUUCUUUAGUUAUGGAAUUAUUUUCAAUGAAUGAAUAUGAUGUAAUCUUGUGUAUGGCGUGCAAACUAUGUUCUGCACUUAGUAUCAGAUCAAUUGAACUUCCUGCUGAUGUUAUUCCGAUUUUAGUCGAAUUAACUAACUCUAUAAUAUCAAAAUACUCAUCAAAAGCACUUUGUAACACUGCACAGCACUUAAGAUCAAGUGUUCUCCCUGUUGCUUCUGAUAUUCUCAAUGUUCUUUUCGAAUCAAUUGAAAUUGAUUUGAAAUCUUUUGCUGAAGAAGAAGAUACUGAUGAAGAUCUUGAGGAUUUAAUCAGAAAAAGAGCUAAUUCAAUUAUUGAACUUCUUUAUAUCUCUAAAAUUCCAAUUGAAGACGAAAAAAUAGUUGAAAUUUUCGUUAACUUGCAAAACUGUGGCUUUUAUAAGAAAUUCAUAAGAAUGUGUAUUGUUGUUAUUAUGAACCUUUCACCAAUUUCGCCACAAAUCGCUCAAAUAAUUUUUGCAAACUUAAAAGACAAUAAUGAGGCUCAAAACUACAUUGAUUUAUAUCUUGAAGCGUUUAUGCAGCUAAUAUUGAUUGAGCCUGCUGCAUUUUGUUCAUCAAUUAACGUUGAUGAAUUGAUUUCAUGUAGUCUUGAUGUUUUUACCACAUCAAAGAACUUUUUUCACUAUAACGCAGCUGCGGAUAUGCUUUGCUGGUGUAUUCUUCAACAUUGCCACGGAAAUAAUUCUCAAAUAAUUUUUAGAACUGUUUCUGAGGCAUCUAUUUUAGGAAACCAUCAAUUUUUAUCUGAUUUAGUAUUGACAUCAUUACAAAUUGCUGGUGAUAAUGUUCUAAAUGAAGAUGAUAUUCUGAGAUUGAAUGAUAUUGUUGCAAAUGAAUAUAUAUACAGGAAACAAGAUAUAUUUUUAUUUAUAGAGUUAUAUUCUCAACUCAACAACUCAGAAAUUGUUAAUUUACUGAAAUCCCAACUUAAUAAGCUUGAAACACUUUCAAAACCUGAAAUGGAUCUUCUAUUUGAUAGUCUCCCGUUAUCUUUUCAAGUAGUUAAUCCGCAUGAUGAUUUUCCCCUCAAAAAUCAUGUGAAUUAG